AUGGCCUAUAACAAUUGCUGCUCUAAAAGCUACAGCUCUCACUCCAACUCCAUUGGUAAUUCCUGCCAUUCUCCUGCUUCCUCCUCCAGUGCUCUCUGCUCCACUGAGAUGAGUUGUAGAGAUACCCCCUGCUCUCCUAGUAGCAGCCUGGGGAGUAAUAUUCUCCAGGACAACUGUCAAGAGCCCUGCAGUAAACCUAUUAGCUGUCAACCAACUAGAAGCGAGGGUAGCCAAUGCAACCCUUCUGGAUGCUCUCCAGUUACUUCUGACACAGUCAGAUCCCAUCAAGGAACCAGCUGUCUUCCUGUCACAUCCAGUAGUUCCAGUGCCUGCCGUCCAGCAUCCUCUAGUCAACCUCUGAGCUGCCGUCCUCGAAGUUACCAGACCUAUGGUUGUCAACCCUUGAGCUACUUGACCUAUGACCGUCAGCCUCUGAGCUACCUGACUUGUGACCGUCAACCCCUGAGCUACAUGGCCUAUGGCCGACAACCGCUGAGCUACAUGGCCUAUGGCCGACAACCGCUGAACUACCUGACCUAUGACCGUCAACCUCUGAGCUACUUGACCUAUGACUGUCAACCCAUGAGCUACUUAACGUAUGGCCGUCAACCUGUUAACUACAUGUCUGAUUGCUACAGACCCAUAAAUUAUACAGUCAGUGAUUUUCAACCAUGUACCUCUUCUUUGAGCAUCUGGUAA